UUGAAACUCAGCGCUCCCCUUCCUCCCCAAAACAACACGAUACCUUCUUCGUUAUAAAGGUGUCACAGCGUCACUCCCUCUUGCCGUCGCCGUCAUGGCCUCCGCCAGUGAAUCAUCUCUCAUUUGUAAACUCGAAUCCACCGAUUGCGUAGGCAUUUACCCCCUUUUCUCGGACUAUCUCCACCCAUUUGACGAUCUAAGAAAACCCAAGGGAACCAAGAAAUCGGCCAAGGCCAACGAGGAACAAUCCCUAGUCCGUUCACUUGCUAAAAAGUAUCUUUCGUUUCUUAAUCGCUGUUUGUCUAUCCUACCCAAGCGCCUGUCGGAGUUAUCGAAAUCCGGUGGCGGGGGAGACUUAGCUCAUGAAUUGUUCCAAGUUUAUAACCUUUGCUUGGAUUGCUUGGAUUCCGUAGCUUCUCAAUUGGCUUGCAAGCCUUAUUCAGUUGAGCUCAUGAGACUUCGAAUGAUGCAUUGCUUAGAGGUGUGUGGGCGGUACGAUGAAUCAGAGAUUGAGGGUCUUAAGAUUUUGGAGAGGAUUCGGUUCACUCGAUAUGCCUCGAAAUCAGUGAGAAUGAAGAACAAGUUUCUCCCGGAAGUGGAUAAGAGCGGUGGAGACAAAGAUUUCUGUGUCUUGGUCGUGGAGACUACUUUAACGCUAGUGAAGUGUGCUGCAAUGGGACGGAGCCAAGACGGUGGGUGCUUUAGGAGGGUGCUCGAUUUGGUAGAGGAAGUAUGGCCGUGGCUAAGGGUAUUAGAUGCCAGUACGUAUGAGAAUUUGCAGAGGACGUUAGCAGUUAAUAUGGGUAAAUGUUCUUUAAAUUUAGUUGAGAAGGAAACAUCGAUUGAUGUGCAUUUGUUAAAAGCUUUCUGCUGUGCAACAUUGACCGAGUACGUGAAAUCUUCAUUGAAAGAUCGAGUUUACAGGAUUGCCCACACUAUUUGUUCCUCACUGUUCAAGCUGCAAGAGAAUAAAUCCUUGUGUAUCAUUGAUAUACUGGAUCAUGUUGCUCAUGAAUGCCAGGUUGAAGAGGAAACUGGAAUAGAUUAUGUUGAGCUUGUAUCUUACUGUGUCAAUAAAUGUCAGAUUGCAAAUGCAGCUUUUUGUAUUGCAUUUGCAGCACAUCUGAACAAAAUUGCAGAACAAUUGCAGCAGGUUAUGACACCUGUUCGUGUGAUUCUGAGACUUUACAUUGCUGGAUUGCUACUUAUUAGUUGUGACCUGAGACCCAGAGAUGGAGAUCUUGCAUCUUCAGGAGGUGCAAAAUUUCAAUACUUGAUUGGAACAUUACUUGAUAAUGAGAACAUGCUACGGGAUUUACCAAUUGUGAUUGGUACCUUGUGUGGUGACCUGGAUAUUUGCUCCAAUGUAAAAGAGAAGGAUCUUCCUAGUCAAAUAAGUACACUGUUGGAUUCGACUUACGUGCCAUAUUACUUAAAUGCUCUGAAAUUCUUUUCCCAACCACUUGCUAAAUCAAUUAAUUCAGAAAGGAAACAAUUAGUUGCUGCAAAGGAUGGUGCUUCUGCUAUGAACAUGCUGUCCACUGUGUUAGAUGCUUUCCUUCUCCUUUGCCAUCUUAUAUUUUCACGUCCAAGCAUUACGAUCAAAAGGGAUGGAAUCGGAUUUGAUGAAAACUGUAGAACAUUGCUUAACGUAGCUGUGGCAGCUUAUACCCUGUCCAUCAAAAGUAAACUAUACAUACAGAAGAGUGCACGAUUAAUUAAGCAAAUUGUUGCUAGUGAACAUAUCCAAAAAGAAGGGAGAAAUUACAUAAUUGCAUGUCUCUACAAUAUUGCUGUAGUUUUGCACAGAAACAAGGAAGCAAAAGAGGCUUCAAAGGUGCUGAGCUUAUGCUGUAAGGCAUCAUGGAUCUGUAUUAAAUGUUAUUGUGGUGGUCAAUUAAGAGAUGAAUUUGUAGAGUUUGUGAAUGAGGCUUACACCAGAAGUGCUCUUCUCCUGGAUAUUCUCAAUCAAGUUGACUAUCAUAAAGUGAGGAAGAAAAUUGUAUCUAUCCUUAAAAAUUGGUGUUCUGCUAAUGAUCAAUUUGAGAACCUGGCAACUCCUAUGCCUAUAGUGAAGCAGUGGGUGAAGAUGGAAUGCAAACGUGUUAAGCAUGUGGAUGAGAAAAAUAAUUCCGUCACCUUGUACUGUCUUCUGUCAUCUUCAACAGAGCUUUCAAAGAGGAGCAUUGGCAUGAUAUUGGAACAAGAACUUACUGCAUAUGAGGAAAUGAGUUUUACUUACCCAGAGCUCUGUCAGUACAUGCAAAUGAAAAUCACAGGUAUCCUCCUGCAAGAUGUAUAUGUCAAUCGGGAUAGUUGUUUUCAAAAAGCACAAACUCUUGUGAGAAAGGGAAAGGCCUUAAGGGUUUGUGGCAUAGAAAGACUGAAGGAUUGUAUUCAGUGUUUCUCUGAAGCAAUAAUUAUGAUAAAGGAGAUUUCUUGUGAAACACAUACCACUAAAAAUUCCCUCGAUCAACAGUUGUUGAUUGCAUAUUGCCUGCGUGCACUAUGCAUCAUGGAAGCUGAGCCAAGCUCACAGAAAAUCUUUGAAGAUGUCAAGGAAGCCUUAAAUCUAUUUUUAAGCUUUUACAUUCUUGAUUGUUGUGACAAGGAAGAGGGCUUUGCAUUGUCUGACAAUACGGUGAUACUACUCUAUAACAUGAUUGACCUAUUACAAUUGAAGGGUUUCAUGGAACUUUAUAGUGAUUCAUAUCGGCUAAUGAUUAGAUUGUUUAAGUUGAAGAAUCUCUCAACUCAGAAGUGGUUGGCCUUACUGUGGGAAAGUAGAAGGAUAAGUCAUGCACUCUGUGUUUCUCCUGUAGAUGAGGAAUUCAUCUUGAACUCAUCAGAACACUUUGAAGAACUUUGCAGUUUUGAUUUCUGGAUACGUUAUCUCCAAGGCUUCCAACCAUUAGUGAUGGGGUUUCAACAGAAUUUCUCAUUUUUGUUUGCCAACUUGCCUAGGGAUUCUUACCAUCACAUGAACUCUUUCCAGAUAGACAUUGAAGUUGAUGAUAUUCGAAAAGUUGCAUCUGAAUUAAUGUCAAGUGUUCCUGAUUCAAACCAUUCUGCUUUUGUUGCUGGGUGUCUCUACUAUGAUCUGUGUACAAGACUUAUUUCAAGUGGACAAUUAACAGAGGCUCUUUCAUUUGCAAAAGAAGCUCAGAGGCUGCGUGCCAAGCUUUUCCAAGGAAAAUUUAUGUAUACUGUUCAGCAACAGGCUGGAGAAAACAAGGAACUGAGUGGAUUCUCUCAUAAUCUUGGGUACAUUAUUGAGAAUUUCAGAGUGAACAAAUCAGUUGCCAGAGAAGUUUUGUUGUUUAAUUCUCUGUCCUGGGACUUGAAGGACGGCUACCUUAGUCCAUGGAAAAUCAUGCAGUGUUAUCUAGAGAGCACGCUUCAGGUUGGAAUAAUUCACGAAAUGAUAGGAAAUGGUGCUGAGGCUGAAACUUCUCUACAGUGGGGAAAAGCCCUAUCAUGCAGACUGAAGAUAUCAUUGUUUAUGGUUGCUUUCUCUUUAAUCUUAGGAAAAUUGUAUGCCAAGAAACAACUUUGGGAUUUAGCAGAAAAGGAACUUCAAAGUUCUGACCAUAUACUGAAAGAAAGCUGCACAUCAUUUUGUUGCUCAAAGUGCAAGCUGACACUUGAAGCAACUCUGCACCAAUACUAUGGAGAUUUGUGUCAAAGUAGAUUUGACAGUAGUACAGGGGAUAUUCCUGUAGUGACAGCUGAAAAUUGGUACAGAUCAGCCCUGGACAAAUUAAAUCUUUCUGACUGGAAAAACCCUCUAACCUGUCCCCAAGAUGAUAGUGAUGAGAGUACAACAGAUUUCAGAUGCGGUGCUUGUAAGAGUUCUGCCUGCUUUACAGUCUCUGAAGAAAAUGUACAUGAGUUGAAAUGCAUGAGAGAAGAGCCGGAGACCAAGAUUAGAACUAAACAGACUAGAAAGAACAAGAAUUCAGCUAAGUGUUUAUCAGGGGAGAAGACCUUAGUACUUGAGAAUAAUUCAAGGUUAACUCGUUCUAGAUAUCGAUCAUCUCAGAACCAACUUGCAAGUAGUCUUUGCAAGUCAAAAGUCAGCAAUUCAAGAAGUUUGGAGGGGAACCAUAUUUCUCUUUCUGAUCAGUCUGAUAUACUUUUCCAGAAGGAGUCAGUUUUGAAGGAUACAGAUUGCAAUGUGCCUUCAAGGUGUGGAGUGACAUGCAAACGCAUUAAAAUGAGGUGUUGGCACUGUAUUCCCCAUGAAAUUAUGAAAUCUGGGAUAAUGAAAGAUUUUAUUCAUCUAAAAUGGGAGUUUGUCCGUAGGCAGUUGUCAAUGAAGCUACUCACUCAGUUAGGGAAUUCUCUUGCAUAUCCUGGUCAAAUUGAUGAUGCUCAUAACAUUCUUCUAAGGAGAAUAUCUGUUCUGGUCAGCAGAAACUCAUUCUGCCAAAAGUUGGUUCCUGUUGCACUAGAUUAUUUUCGCCUUGUGGUUGCAAAGGAGAGCCGAGGAGAUGUUUUUGCUAUUGAACGUGCAGAAAUACUCCAUGACAUUUGUUGGUUCUUUUUGAGGAGCUAUCAUUCCAAGCAUUUGAGGACUGUUUUCUCUGAUAUAUCUUGCAUCAAGUUUGAAGAUCUAGCAUCCUGGCUUAUGCUAGCCUUUGUACUCUCUCGUGAGGUUCCUGUUCUUUUUCAGAAGGUAUCUAGAUUACUUGCUGUGAUAUAUAUAGUUUCUGCCUCAAGUGAGCAAUUUUCCUUGUCAUCAUUUAGCAAAGCCUUGGGUGAAAAUUAUUGGGCUUCAUAUUUUCAUCAAGCUUCAAUUGGAACUCAUCUUGCCUACCAGUUCUGUUCAAAUCUAAGUGGGAGAUGCAAAGUGGUACAACCAUUUGUUGAUGCUGAGAUUAAAGAAAAGAGUGAAUUCGCAUACAAUCUGAAGCAUUGCUAUCACAGACUUGCACCUGAGACCACUUUAGAGCUCGAAGAAUAUGUGAAGAACUUUUUGGUUGGCCUUCCCUCUACGGCAGUUGUCAGUAUAAGUUUGCUUGGAAGAGAUUAUACUAGUUUGUUGCAAGAAUUACUGCUUUGUCCUACGUGUGUUGAUGCCUGGGUGUUGGUGUCACGAUUUAGUUUCAAGACUGAACCUGUUGUGAUGUUACUACCUGUGGACUCAAUUUCAGAAGAAGAAGAAGAAGAUGAUGAUGAUGAUCAUCCAAAUUCUGGUUUGGGCACCCUUUCCGAUUGUGAGAACUCAAGUAAGCAGUGGCACUGUCCUUGGGGUUUUACAGUGAUUGACGAUGUAGUUCCAGCAUUCAAAACGAUAUUGGAAGGAAAUUACUUAUCCUCAGUAUUCCCUUUGGAAGACACGAAAAGAAAUAGGAUGCUAUGGUGGAAGUGGAGAACGAAGCUUGAUCAACGCCUUAAUAAAUUGUUGAGGAACAUUGAAGAUUCAUGGUUUGGUUCAUGGAAAUACUUACUUCUUGGAGAAUGGAUGGACCACAAGAAUUUGGACUUGGCGCACAAGAAGCUAUUGCAUGAUCUAAGAUCUAAAUGCAAAUUGGAUGUGAAUGAGGGUAUUCUUAAAGUCAUUCUUGGAGGCUCAAAGAAUAAUUGUGAAGGAGAUACAUGGAUUUCCCAGCUAUGCUUCAAAAAAGGCUGCUACAUUGCUAAAGUAGGUUAUUGUGAUGAUGCAUGGCGUGGCAUAUUGUUAAAUGCCGCCAAUGGAUCUGGAACCUCAUCUGAGCUUGCGUUUCAAAUCUUAAAUGAAGCACUAAACGUGUUUGAAGUGGGACAGAGCAGAGAGCCAAUAAUUCUUGUGUUGGAUUAUGACAUUCAGAUGCUUCCUUGGGAAAAUUUGCCUGUACUAAGAAACCAGGAGGUUUAUCGCAUGCCAUCAGUCAGCAGCAUCUCUGCACUUCUUAACAGAAGCAGCAACCAUCACAAGCAAGUAGAUGGGAAUUCAAUGCCCUUUCCUUUGAUAGAUCCGCUGGACGCUUUUUAUCUAUUGAACCCAGAUGGUGAUCUCACUAGCACUCAAACUGAAUUUGAGAAUUGGUUUAGAAGUCAAAACCUAGAGGGCAAGGCAGGUUUAAGACCCACUUUGGAAGAAUUGGUUUCAGCCUUGAAAAGCCAUGACCUUUUUAUAUAUUUUGGCCAUGGGAGUGGAGCACAAUAUAUUUCCAGGCAAGAGAUUCAGAAACUUGAUAAAUGUGGUGCUACACUUUUGAUGGGAUGCAGCAGUGGUUCAUUGACCUUACAUGGGAGCUAUGCCCCACAAGGUAUUCCCCUUUCAUACCUUCUGGCUGGUUCUCCAGCUAUAGUUGCCAAUCUGUGGGAAGUGACAGACAAGGAUAUAGAUCGAUUUGGGAAGGCCAUGCUUGAUGCCUGGUUGAAAGAAAGAUUAAAUUUUUCCGGGGAAUGUUUGCAAUGUAAUUCAUUAUCAGAAGAAUUUGAGGCCAUGAACUUGAAGGGAAAGGGUAAAGCAAAGAAGAAAGUUUCUAGAAAGAAGGCCUUAGAAGAAUGUGAAAGUGACAUCUUCAAGAGUUAUUGUGAUCACAGACCCAAAAUUGCAUCAUUCAUGUGUCAGGCACGUGAAGCUUGCACCCUCCCUUUCUUGAUUGGGGCCGCUCCAGUGUGUUACGGUGUUCCAACAAGGAUCUGGAGGAAAAAUAAUCUUUAACCUUUUCGGUUAUAUAGCAUAGAAUUCGUAAAUGACUUGUAAAUUCUUUGAUUUUUUCCCCUUAGUUCUCAAAUUCAGUAGGUCAGCAUAGAAGCAUGCUUCUUGAACUUCGGAAUAUAUACCAAAUUCCUAACCCUUCAAUUUUACACACCCCAUUCUUUAAAUGUAACAUAAAGCACGAAUAUUUGAGGCCAAUUCGUAAGUUAUGUAUUAUUUUUCAA